AUGGAGAAAAUUAAUUGGAAAGAAAGCAGUAUGGAAGCCCUGACCCUUGGGAUAACUACUACAAUUCAGGCAAUAAAUGAUGGGAAGCCCUGGAACAGCUCCACAAAGUCCCCAGACCCUAAAAUACCACCAAGCCUGUUAAAGUCACCGACAGAGACUGAGCUGAGGAUAAAGAGGAUCAUGGAGAAACUAAACCAGCUGAUCCCACCCAGACACUGCACCAAUGUGAGCUCCACCACCAGCGCCACACACAGCAGAGCCACACUCCUCAGCCCUCGAGACACAUACUGCAGGGGGGACCAGAUGGACGUCCUGCAAGAGGUGAGGGACCAUCUGGGAUGAAGGAAAGAAUAUAGCGGGGAUUUCCUCAGGGCCAGGAUGUCCUCCCCAGCCCUGGAGGCAGGUGCUUUAGGAAAGGUGACAGACUUCACCUACCUUGUGAGCUUCACUCUGUUCUGGGAGGGCCAGGUGUCCCUGUCUCUCCUGCUCAUCCACCCCAGUGAAAGGGUCUUGGCUCUCUGGAGGGCCAGGAACCAAGACUGUGACCUUAUUUUCAAAGGCAGGGCUGUUAAUAGCCCCACCCAUAUCCUUGAAUGUGGCCUAACUCUAAGCCCAAGUGCUGAACUGUGACACUUGAGAGAAGAAGCCUUCUACUGUCUGAGGCCUUAACAUGUACCCUGUGAGGUCCUGACUGGUAUGACCACCAGUAAUUGAGAAAUUUCUUUUCUUACUGUCAAGGAAGAAAGCCCUUUUUUCACAGCUGGGUCCAGCGUCACCAAACUAAAGGCCACAGCCUUCCUGCAGCUGGUUAUGGCCAUGACGAGAUUUCUGCCAGGACUAUGA